UUAAUAUUUCUGACAACGAAGCGGCUCGCGACGCUGGGAAGUAGCAGCUACUUCAUUUUGAAAUCUUUUAUCCCGAAACUAUAUAUAUAACUGAGAGGGUCGCCGCGCAGACCCUGACAUAAACACACCAUGGUUGUAGUGGCGGCAGGGGCCGGAGGUGCCCACAAAGUCCUCCUGAUCUCGGGCAAGCAGAGCGCGGAGCAGACGGGCUACAGCCGCGCGCUCUCCGUCGUGCUGCCGCGCGCCGGUAAUCAGACUUCAUCAGACUCCGACUGCAACGCGUCUACGCCGCCUUUGCGCAAAAGACAGAGGCUUACUCAUCUGAGUCCGGAGGAGAAGGCACUGCGAAGGAAACUUAAAAACAGAGUUGCUGCACAGACAGCAAGAGACAGAAAAAAAGCAAAAAUGGGAGAGUUGGAACAGCAGGUCCUGGAACUGGAACAGGAGAAUCAGAAACUCCACUUGGAGAAUAGGAUGUUGCGUGAGAAGGCGAGCGACCUGCUGAGUGAGAAUGAAGAGCUGAGGCAGAGAUUGGGGUUGGAUACCCUAGAUGCGAUGGAGAAGGUGCAGGCCAUCGAGUCCGGGGCGGGCGAUUUGGUUCUGGUGACCGGGUCUUCUGAGUGCAGUACUCAGGCUACGUGUGCCUCUGCAGCAGGUGCAGGCCCAGUCGUCAUCAAAGCUGAAGACCUUGCCGUGGAGUCUCGUGUUCCUGGCACUGCAGACACUGAGUCUGAUCUCCUGCUUGGUAUACUGGACAUCCUUGACACAGAGCUGUUCCUCAAGGGUGGUGCCCCAGAAGCACAGGAGGCAGAGCAGCACCACCUGCUGGUUGGGGCAGCCGGAGAGCCAGUACCUGCCUCCUUACCUGAAGCUGUGGGGGCCACACCAGUUAAGCUGGAGGCCCUUAAUGAACUGAUCCAGUUCGACCAUGUAUACACCAAACAGGUGGAAGUGGUCCACGAGGAGAGUGUUCCUGGAUUGAAGACAGAGGAGGUCCAAGACCCCGUUGCCUUCUCAUCUCAUGAAGAGGAGAUCGAGGUGGAAGUGGAGAUGGUGAAUGUCAAGGAUGAACCAGAGGAAGUGGUCAUCCCCGGGACCAAGCCCAGUUCACCUGGGGUUGAUGACUUCCUGUCUGAAGUGCCUCCUUCCUUCAGCGACUACGAGAAGGUGGCCUAUUUGAUAACUGAUGCAUGCAGUGAUUCUGGAUACGAGAGAUCCUCUUCACCCUUCAGUGACAUGUCGUCUCCUCUCUGCUCAGACAGCUCCUGGGAGGACAUGUUUGCCAGUGAACUCUUCCCACAACUCAUUAGUGUGUGAAACCUAGCCAUUACAAGUCACUAAUGGAAAAUUGGCAACUUUUCAUUCUAGUGUAAAGUGGCUAACCUAUACUUACUACACACUCUCUGCAACUUGUACACAUUUGUCGUUCCCUUGUUCAGACCAAAGUAAUCGUGUAGAUCAAGCAGAGAUGUGGAGGGUUGGCCUGCAAAGACUUGUGGGGGGGGAAAUGGACAAUUUUGCCAUCAAAAGUAGGGAUUGAAUGAAUCUUGGUGAUUCAUGUUCAGUAUUUCCUGUGGGGGAAGGGGAGAGAGAAAUGGUUUUAAAAGCAGAACUAUUUAUUUGUGCGUCUUGCUCCAGAGUCCUGUAUUGUAAUCUGUCUUCUAAGGAUUUUUCUUGUUGUAAAAUGUCUAAUUUUAUUAGCACUCUCCUUGUAGAAUCACUUAUUGCAUUAAAGUCUAGCAUUGCACAAUGA